AUGCAGGAGGAUUCCGACAGACCAUAUGGUGCCAUGGAAAAUGAAUCGAAGGGACCGUUCGAGGAAGUCAUCGAGACCUCUCAAGCCCUAAGUGCUCCCGUCUCUGACUCCGACUCUGACUCUGACUCGUUAGAUUCGAUGCAAGAUUCCGUCCGUUCAAGACAAAAACCGACUACUGUCGACGUGGUCCCUCUCAUCGCGGACAUUCCAGGGAGCAAGCUCCCUGAUUCUUGUCGUUAUUUAUCUCACGAACUUCAGGGGUGUAUAGAAUAUCUUCGGGAACAAGCAAAUCCUACCACGAUCCACGAGAAUGGAGCAGGUCUGUCCACGGCCAUUGAAGCUGCGAGAUCUCAACAGCGACUUGCCGUAGACGAAGAGACCUCUUUGCAGUGCUCAUUUGAGCUGGCCAAUACCCUUACGCGACGAUUCGAGCGGGUCGGCCAAUCGAGCGACCUCUACGAGGCCAUUGCGCUCUAUAAAUCAUGCUUGUCCAGUACAUCCGACGCUCAGAGGAGCUCCCUAUCGUCAUUUGCUCACAACUACUCGUACGCCCUCCGUCUAUGUUUCGAGCUCACGAGUGAGCUAUCAUGUCUAGAGGAGGCAGUCGCUUUGAGCCGUGGCACUUGGGGGACCACUGUACCUCUGGGCCUGAAUGGUACAAACGCAGAAGCAGUGAUCAAUUUAGCAGAAUGUCUACUCCUCCGGUAUCGAUACCUAUGUUCUGUUCCUGACUUCGAGGAAAGUGUUUCUCUGAUACGCAAUAUCCUCUCUCAAUGCCCCGAGGGCCAUGCACAACGCCCCAUCGCCCUCCGAUGCAUAGCAGAACUUUAUAUUCUCGCCUACGUGUCAGGUACUGACAUCGAGCCAAUCAUCGGUCAUACACCCAGUCUCGCAGAGGCGAUCCAAUGUCUGGAAGAUGCACGGCGAUUGAUAGCAGCCGACGACGACGAACUGUCACGAAUUCUAUUCUUGCUCGCCCACGUUUCGUAUCUUUGUGUGGCAUCAGGCUCGACGAGUCCAUCGCCCCCUGACGUCGUCACGCCUAUACGCUAUGCCCAUCAAGCGCUCACGCUCGCCUCUUCCAACCCAUCCUUUCGAACGCGAAUACUGGCUCAUAUAUACCUCCCGCCGCUGAUUACAUUCGCUUUUCGUGGCUGCAAAACUAGUUCCCAUCGUCAUCGUCAGACGAGGAUUGAAAUAGCCAGGGUGGCAAACGAGAUAUGUCCCGACAAACACGUGCUGAAACCUGUUGCACUGAUGGAACUCGUGCUUGCGCUGGAUCAGGAUGCAUGGAGAGAAGGGACCGUGGAGUCUAUAGAAGAGUCCAUUGCUAUCUGCGAGAGCCUCUUGAAGUUCUGUCCUUCCCCGUUGGUGCCAGACUCAAACCUUGAUAGUAUCACACUCGCCUUUGAGGCUGGACGAACACCAAUUGCGCUGCCUAUAAUGCCGCGGUUCUGCGACUCGGUAUUGAAUAUAGAAGCUGAUUCAGAGGAAUCCGUUCGGUCUAUCUCCGCUGAAUGCAUUCCGCUCGACAUCGGAACACUUCGCUUCGUUGCUCUGUCUACGCUCUCUCUCCUUUAUAGCCAGCGUCACCAUCCUGACUAUGGGACCUCUCAGUGGACCCAUAUCCUCACAUCCCUUACCAUAGGCAUAGCUGCCUAUCAUUCCUUACCCUUGCCCUUGAUGGAUUCCGACAUUACCAACUCAUCAAUUGUCAUAUACAUGUCUAAGCUCACCGACAACAUACUUUCAAAGAUGUAUGUAAACUUUCAGGCCGGUCUAGUCUAUUUUGCUACACAAGCGGACAUGCGUAGAGCAGACUUGCUGGGUCACUGGCGGAACCUGACGACGUGGAACUACACCAAAGAACAGCGCUGGAUUGUCAGCGGCGCGAUCGCCGAAGUCUCUCUGCACAAACUCAAACACGAGCGGAACAUGGAAGGGCUCGAGCAGUACAUCCAGUUGCUGGAGAUCUGGGUCUCCCUCCUCGCACAUACAAACGGAGAAUCGGAAAUCCUCAUCCAGGUCGCUCGGGCACGUGCGUUUCGGUACGAGCUCUUGUCCGAGGCCCCGGACAAGAAGGAUCUGGAGAAGUGCGAGGAUAUUAUUGAGGGCUUGGUGGCAAAUACGGCGUAUCCGGUGGUGAACAGAAUCAGAGCGGCGACGUUUUGGGCGCCGAUAGCGGCGAGCGUCGGGUGGGUCGAGUUGGCAUCCAAGGCUUUCGACGAUGCGUUGUCGCUACAAAGCAAGCUGACGUUCGUUAUGGACCUGAAGGUCAGGAUGGUCACGCUGAAACAUUCGUAUGGAUUGCCCUGCGACGCGGCUUGCUUCGAGCUCAUGGCGAGAGGGGACCUUCAUCGUGCUAUCGAACGUCUGGAGCAGGGCCGGGGUGUUUUGUGGUCACAGGCGCAUUCAAUUCGCAUGCCUUUCCACGCGCUCAAAGACCGAGAAUUAGCAAAACGGUUCAAGGAAAUAGCAGAGCAGUGGAGGACGGGCACGGACUUCGCUAUCGAUCGAGAGUCGACUCGAAGGAGGGAGAAACUGACUGAGGAGUGGGACGAAGUUUUGGAACGCAUAAGGGAGAAUGACCCAGAGAUGGAGGCGUAUUUGCCCGGUGGGAGGACUUGGCAGGAGCUGAAGGGAGUGGUACGGGAGGGGUGCGUGGUGGUCAUGCUGGUGGGCGACGAGAAGACGAAACGGUGUUUUGCGAUCAUGAUGCGACCUGCUGCCGAAGGGGGCGACACGUAUAUUGAUCUUCCUACUAGCGUCAACCUGCCCAAGCUGAGAAGACUGACUCAGGUACUUGGUAAGGCCAAUAGGACGGCGAGAGAUGCGGAUAUGGGCGAUGCAUUGGAGGCUGCUCAUGAGAGGUUUUCGAGGAGGCUCUACGAGCCGUCGACGCAUGACGGCGUUCUCUCAGAGCUGUGGACAUCAGUCGUUCGCCCUAUAUUCACUCAUCUAGCAUUAAAGAGAGAUCCAGAAGGCGUCCGUCCUCGAUUGUGGUGGUGUCCUACAGGGCCAUUCGCAUUCCUGCCCAUUCAUGCCGCUGGAAUUUAUACAUCAACCCGUACCGAAUGCUGCAUGGACUAUGUAGUUUCAUCCUACGUCCCUACCCUAACGACUCUCCUCAUCGCGCGUCGCGAAAUGAAAACAAUCGAUAAUCCCAAAGCGUUGAUCGUCGCAGCGCAAAACGCACCCAACCAGAAACCUCUGCCCAUGGUCAAACUCGAAGCCGAACUCGUCCAAUCUCUCCUGCCUCCCAAUUCUCUCGUAACCAUCAACGACGCUUCCGAAUCAAAUCCCAACGUCGGCGGCGGAGAAAAAGAAGUCCAUCUCCAGGCGGUCCUUUCAAAUAUCUCAGAAGCCUCCAUCCUCCAUCUUGCAUGCCACGGCUCCCAACACGACGUUUUCCCUGACAACAGCAGCUUUCUGCUCAGAGACGGAGAACUGACGCUCUCGCAGCUGUUGCAGCUCGAGCUUCCGUUGGCGCAGUUCGCGUUCCUGAGUGCGUGCGAUUCGGCGGCGGGAGACGAGUCGAGGCCGGAUGAGAGCAUUCAUUUGGCGGCGGCGAUGUUGGCGGUGGGCUUCAAGAGCAUUAUUGGGACUAUGUGCACAUCUAACCUAUCUUCACCAUCGCCCACAUCCACGGAACGUCACAAGAUUUCAGACGUCGGUCAGAGAGCGAUAUGUCUCCGCUCGUGGAGAGCCCGAGGGGGCGUAUGGAUUAUACGUUCGCCAACAAUUCUCUACCGUCUCAAGCUCCUCUCCGAACGCUUCGCCGCCACAGCCCGCGACCUCGAGCUUGCACACGCAGCUCUACCACCCGACGACGACAAAGACGGGCUCGGAGGAUCUGAGGCCGUCAAAGUCUAA